ACAACCACCGCAAUUGGCUAUCAAAGUUUGCCAUACACCUCGACUACAAAUUUAUAUACCCGUUCCUCGUUGACAUCGCGUUUGGGUAAAAUGUCCAUUGACACCAUGCCGAACAGUGAAAUGCGUCAAAUUCAUCAACGCAUCGAUUAUUUUCUCAAUGUUUUGAAUCAGAUUUGUAUUGGCUUUGUGACGAUAUGGAUGUCGUGGAUGUGUUUGCGUAAUGGAUUGGCGGGAACAGCCUUGCAUGCAUGGCUCGUAACAAUAGGGUUCUCAUUUCUUAUGGCUGAAGGUAUCAUGUGCCUCUACAAUCACAAUGUCUUGACAUAUAAUUAUCGUCGCACCACCAAGACCACCAUACAUUGGGUACUACAGGCAUUGGGUGGUGCCUGUGGCAUUGCUGGGGUUAUUAUUAAAAUUUUACAAAAAGGUUUCUCACUGCACUCUACACAUGGGAAAUUGGGUUUUGCUGCCUUCAUUUUAUGCUGGAUCAGUUUAAUCUCCGGUCUCUCGGCUCUCUAUUCGAUGCGUUUGAAACGGUGCCUUAGUCCACUGUUGAACAAAAGCUUCCAUAAUCUAUUGGGUCUGGUGACAUUUGCUGUGGCCUUAUCGGCCCAAUAUUAUGGCUAUACAACGGGAUUCUUUUCACGUAAGACACCAUCCCAUGACUUCACCAUCUUAAUGAAGGUGUUGACUUUGCUGACACUCUUACUGUCCUCAUGGGGUCCAUUGAAAUCGCUGAUGCAUAAAAUGCGCAGCAUUUAUAAACAUUAUAGAUAA